AUGAAAGCAGUCGUAUUCAAGGGACCGGGGAAGGUGGUGAUUGAAGACAGACCAAUUCCGAAGAUUCAAGAUGCAGGAGAUGUUGUCGUGAAAGUUGAAAAGACGGCAUUAUGCGGCAGCGAAUUACACGUCUUCCGCGGUCAUCAGCCAUCUGCUACCGACUUUGUAAUGGGCCAUGAGUUUACCGGUCACGUUCACGAAGUAGGCUCAUCGGUAAAGACCUUGAAAGUUGGCGACCAUGUCGUCUCUCCCUUCACAACAUGCUGUGGCGAGUGUUUCUACUGCACCCACGGCUUCUCCUCGCGAUGCGUCAAAUGUCAGCUUUUUGGAUGCCCUGCCCUAGACGGCGGCCAGGCAGAAUACGUCCGAAUUCCCCUCGCAGACUCCACAGCCGUCAAAGCACCACCUGGCAUCAAAGACGAGGCACUGGUUCUUAUGGCAGACAUCUUCCCAACAGGCAUGUUUGCAGCUAAGAACGGCUUCCAAUAUUCCACUCCCGAGGAGAUCAAGGACAGCGUCGUUGUGCUUAUUGGCUGCGGUCCCGUAGCUCUCUGCGCGCUCUGCAACAUCACCGACUACAAGCCAAAGCACAUUCUCGCUGUCGACUCAGUACCUUCGCGCCUCGAACUUGCCAAGUCACUGGGUGCGGAACCCUGGAACUUCCAGACUGAUCGUGAGGGUCUCGAUAAGCGCGUCAAGGAGCUCACAGACGGCCGGGGAGCAGACAUUGUCAUCGAAGUGGUCGGUCUGUCUCCUGCGCUUCGAAUGGGAUACGAAUUGAUCCGACCCUGGGGCGUCAUCAGCUCGGUCGGAGUUCACAACGGCGAGAUACCCUGGUCUGGAAAUGAGGCGUAUGGAAAGAACGUCAGAGUUCAGAUGGGAAGGUGCCCUGUGAGAAGUGUGUUUGAGGAAGCACUUGACAGCUUGAAGAGGCAUCAGGAUAAGCUUGGCUUUAUGGCUGAUAAAGUCAUGCCGUUGAGCGACGCCAUUGAGGGCUACGAGUUAUUCGACAAGAUGAAGGUGCAGAAGGUCGUUUUCGAGGCGCAAAAGUAG